AUGCCGCCCCGUAGGGAACCCGAUCAUCCGGCUCCUACUCAGGCCACAGUAGUCGCACAGUUCCGCGACUAUCAUGCAAAAAAAUUCUCUGGGCAGGGAGAUCCCCGUAUUGUGGACGAGUGGCUUCAGGGCCUUGAGUUUAUCUUCGAGGUCAUGGAUUGCGCAGAUAGAUAUCGCGUAAUCUGCGCUCAGCUUCAGCUCACCGGUGAUGCCCGGCUCUGGUGGAAUGCCUACUGGAGCAUGCGUCCCGGCGAAAAGGAGGGUUGUACAUGGGAUAGUCUCAAGGAGCUGAUCCGUGUGAAGUACUACCCCAGCUACUACAGAGCAGAGAUAGAGCGUCAGUUUCUAUCGCUCCAGCAGGGUACUCGUACUGUUGACGAGUAUGAGAGGGAGUUUACUAGACUUGCAGCUUUUGUUCCUGACUUGGUUCGCACGGAGGCCCAGAGAGCACAGCGCUUCAUUGACGGGCUUCACCCCACAGUCCGUCAUAACAUCGUAGGCCACGGGACACAGAUGUACGCUCGUGCAGUUUCGAUUGCCCAGGAGGUGGACGCUAGCAUCAGGAGGGAGGCCGUCCGUGAUCGUUCUCAGCCAUCUUCCCCUGCUCAGUCAUCUUCAGUUCCACCGAUGUCACCAGUCACUGCCCAGCCACCGAAGACCAACAAGAGGAAGGGGAAAGAUGCCCCGAUGGACAAGAGGACCCGGCGGAGGCUACAGCAGAUUCCACAGUGCCCGACAUGCGGACGACUUCACCGAGGCGAGUGUCGCUUUGGUCAAGAUGUAUGCUACUACUGUCACGAGCCCGGACACUUCGCGAACCGUUGUCCGAAGAAGGCGCAGCAGCCUCAGCAGCCUCAACAGCCACCGCAGCAGCAGCAUCCCCGUCAACAGGCACAGAGGCCGCCUCAGCAGCAGCAGCAGAGGGGCAGACAGCAGGCCCGAGUUUAUGCAGUUGAUCAGGCAGAGGCCGAGCAGCAGCCAGGUACUAUGUCAGGGAUGGUUGUGCUUAAUAAUGUUUAUGUGUUUGCUUUGUUUGAUACUGGAGCGACACAUUCUUUCAUUUCACGCCGAUGUCUUGAUGCCAUCGGAGUUCGCGCUACCACCACUAUCGAUCCUCUCGAGGUGAGUUUGGCCUCGGGACGAAAGAUAGUGACCUCAGCUAAAGCUUCAGAUCUUAGCCUUUCCAUCGGUGGCCGAGUAUUGUCUACCGACGCGUUUGUUCUCGAGAUGAGGGACUUUGACCUUAUUCUCGGAAUGGAUUGGCUAUCCUUUUAUCAUGUAGAUAUCAAAUGUCAUGACCGGGAGAUUACUCUCUAUCUUCUGGGAGACGAGUCGAUCACUUUCUUUG